UCCCGCCAGCUCCUCUCAGCCCCAGGCGGGCCACCCCAUCGCUCACCCUCACACCUCCCGGGCGUUUGUGCUGUUGAUUUAAAUGUCAUUUUCUAGCAUGUCACGUGUGUGUUGUUUAAAAACGGGGAGAAGCCAAGUGGGAAAGUAUAGGGAAGAGAGGAAAGCCGCCACACCACUGGGGGUGUCGGGUGUUUCCUGCGCGGUCUCCCAUGCACUUUUUAGCGCCUUAAGUCGGGACCCUCAGGACAUGCCCCCCAAACCUGGCCCCGCACGGGGAGGGUCCCCAGGAGCCUGGGUCACUUCGCCCCACCGUCCGCGGGGUCUCUGCCUGGACGGGGCCAGGUCGCGGGAGGGUGGGGAGCGAGGCGAGAGGCGGGGACAGGCGACAGCAGCGGGGCGCCCCGCCCGCCCGGGGCCGGCCCACGCGGGGUCUCGGAGCCGAUCCGCCCCGCGUCCCCCGCCGCGCCCGCCUUCCGGGAGGAGCGGCCAGGUGGUGGCAGGUGCGGCGGCGGCGCAGCGCGCAGCACCCGACAGCCAAGACCCCACUUUCAUGGCCAGCCCUGGGGAGGCCCAGGAGGAUAGCGCGUCCCGCUCAGCCCCCAGGAACCGGGGGCACCAGCUCUGAGCUGGGGAAGGACGUCAGACCUGGGCUUGGCGCCGGAAACCCGGACGGGGCGUCGGGGGAAGACAGGUGGCUCCGGUUAGGGGAUCCAGGGCGAGGCGCCCUGCGGGGGAGCCCGAGAGGUUCUGAGCCCGGAGGGGGCGCGUCUGGAGGGGGCAAAGCCUCGUGCUGAGGAGUCUGCUAAGCCUGGACUCCGGGGUAUUUCUGACCAGGGCGCCCUGUCCAGGCCGGGACCCUCACCUGCACCCGGGAGCCUGGCGCGCGGGCGGGGCGGAGCGGAGCGGGGAGGGAGGGACCGGAGGGCGAUCCACCUGCCAGCUGGUGCCGGGAGGGCUUGAGGCCCAGGGCAGGCUGAGCAGCGGGCAGGAUUGGCCCAGUGCUCCUACUGGUCAGCCCCUCGCCCCGUCUCCGUGUCCCCAACGCCAGGACCCGUUCAGCUCCUCCCCGAUGGCCACUCCCUCACCCAAGCCCGGUGCCCUCAGCUGCCAUCACAAGCACCCGACAGCCAAGACCCCACUUUCAUGGCCAGCCCUGGGGAGGCCCAGGAGGAGGAGGGGGAGCAGGAGGGAGGCUCGGUGGGGCCCUGGGCAGCCAUGCUGGCGCAGGCCCAGGAGCUGUUCCUGCUGUGUGACAAGGAGGCCAAGGGCUUCAUCACCCGGCACGACCUGCAGGGCCUGCAGAAGGACCUGCUCCUCACGCCCGAGCAGCUCGAGGCCGUGUUCGAAAGCCUGGACCAGGCCCGCACGGGCUUCCUCACUGCCCGGGAGUUCUGCCUCGGCCUGGGGAAGUUUGUGGGGGCAGAGUCGGUCCAGGGCACACAGCCCUCGGGGGCUUCUGAGGAAACCUUUGAGUCGGGCUGGUCCGAGGGGCCAGGUACGGGGGGCUCCCUGGAGGAGGAGGAGGAAGAGGAGGAGAGGUUUCUCUCGGCGCUGGAGCAGCUGGGGGUGGCCCAGGUCCUGAUCGAGCAGCGGGCGGUGCGGCUGCUCUGGACCCGGCUGCAGCGCGAGCGACCCGAGCUGCUGGGAUACUUGGAGGAUGUUCUGAUGCGUGCGUCGGCCUGCCUGGAGGAGGCGGCCCGAGAGCGAGCCGGCCUGGAGCAGGCGCUGCGGCGGCGGGAGAGCGAGCACGAGAGGGAGGUGCGGUGUCUGUACGAGGAGACCGAGCAGCAGCUCCGAGAGCAGCGCCAGCGCCUGAGGAGCCAGGACCACCCCCGGGAGGAGCGCAGAGGCCGCCUGGAGCUGGAGCUGCAGAGCCGCGAGCAGGAGCUGGAGCGCGCGGGCCUGCGGCAGCGGGAGUUGGAACAGCAGCUGCAGACCCGGGCGGCGGAGCGGCUGGAGGCGCAGGCGCAGAACGCGCAGCUGUGGCUGGCCAACGAGGCGCUGCGGGCGCAGCUGGAGGCGGCGCAGGAGCAGCUCCGCAGGCUGGAGGGCGAAGUGCUGGGCCGCCGGGAGCAGACCCUCCGGGACGUGGUGGCUGUCUCGCGGAACAUGCAGAAGGAGAAGCUCAGCCUCGCGCGGCAGCUGGCGCUCCUCAGGGAGCUGAACACGCGGCUACGAGACGAGAGGGACGCCUGUGAGACCAAGCAGCUGGGCAGUGGCCCCAGGAAGGCUCUGUCCUCGGCCUGCCUGCCGGGGCCCGCCUGCUGCUGUUGCUGCUGCUGCUGCAGCAACUGGGCUCGACCCCCCAGAUGUGGCUCAGGCCACCUUCCCAGUGCCCGGUGACCAGCCAGCCCUAGUGACUCACGGGGCGUUCCCUGAAGAAACUGCCCUUUGAAAGUGACUCAUCGUGGCUGGGGCUGCUGGUCCAGCACCUGGGCUCUACCCAGUGGGCUGCCUGGCCUGCCUGCCUGCGGACAUGAAGGAACUAACGGGGAGGGGGGUGUCAGGCUCCCCUGUGCCCCCCUCCGGUCCUCAUCCUGUCCCCACCCCCCAUCAAACCCAUCUCUGUCCAGCACUCCAAAUAAACUCGACCAACCACA